AUGUGCUCUCUGGCUCAAAGAAAUCAUCAUUCUGCCGUCUUUCCGAAUGCCUGGUGGGCGUUCUCGGAUGCUUGUGUAGCUGUCCUUUUUUCUGAUUAUUGCUGUUAUUAAACUGUUUUAUAUUGGAUUCUGAAAAUUAGAAUUCAACGAACAGAGUGAGCAUUAUCAAUGAGAUAAUAUUUCUACUGCUUCGAGAGAAAAAGAAAGCGACUUCACUUGUAUGCACAUAUUAAACUUGUUGGGUUGUUAUAACUGUCUUCUAGCCCACACAGAAGGAAUUGUAUGAAAUCAUUGCAUUAUUCAUACCUCAAUCAAGCAAAAGCCAAGGAAUUUAAUAAUGGAUUUAUUAUUAAUUUAAAUUUGAUUUAUUGUUUCAAUUGUUAAUAAAGUCUGAGUCAAACUCAAUCAUCCUUUGAUGUACACCGACUUUCCUCCCAUCUAAACUCUCUUAUCUCUGUCACCACAGCAUCUUGGAUCCAUCUACUUUUCAUACCUAUAUAUACCAUCUCCAACAUUUUAUUAUUUAUCUUUCCUACAUAUUCUACCAAUAAAUGA